CUCGUGUCUCCUUCAUUCACCAUCGAGACACCGCAACAGACGACGACAAUUUCAUCAUCUGCAUACGACUAGACUCCCGCAUCUAUUCAACCAGCAAAAAUGAUGAAACUCUUCCUUAUCCUCGGCCUUGCCGCCCUCGGCGCGCUUGCACAAGACGUCAAAGAAGUUGGAUUCACACUGGAGGGGAAAGACUACAGGGAAACAGUGGUUGAUGGGGUCGAUACCAAGUUUGUGGUCGUUCCCAAGCAAGGCGCUGCCGAUCACACUAUCAUCAUGCACGACUUCGAAGCGAGGCUGACGGUUUUUAAAGACUUCACCUCCGACCGCUGUAUCAUCAUGCCCUUGAACAGAGAGGUCACCAUGGCCCGAGGUAUCAUCUUCAAGGACCACACAACCACAGAUGAGAACGUUCCAUCUGAAAAUAGCAUCAUGUUGGACGUGGAUGAGGAGAGCAUAGAAGACAUCGAGGCUGAAGCUGGCGAGAAGAUAGCCAAGUUCUGCCGAGAACUUCCUUCGUUCAGGGCCGGGGUCUUCGAGGGGGAGAGCACGCCCAGCCCAAGUUUGGCCCCGAAGCGGGUCAGGCGCGGCUGGUUGAAGAAGACGUGGAAGAAAGUGAAGAAACACGUGAAGCCGGUCGCAAGGGUCAUUGUUACUCGCGCCAUCGUGGGAGCCGUGCUUGGCCGCUAACUACGUAACGUGCUUCUACAACUACAUAAUAGACCACAUUAAAAAGAACAGUUUCUGGUCGUCCUUUUUUUCAGAAAAUCUUGAGGUGGUCGAUGGUCGGUCUUCACUCUCAAAUGUUUUUAGUAAAAAUAAUUAAGCCUGUAGUUUCUAUUGCACCACCUGUGAAAUUGGUAAAAAUGCUUGUGAAGCUAACCAUUAAUUAGUUGUUCUAGCAAAAAAAAGGAGUAUUUCGAUAGUUAAAACACGUUAUUUCACAGUCAGUGUAAUAGGAACUACCAGUGAGAAUAGUAGAAAAAAUGCAUAAAAUAGUUAUUUUUCCACAUUACUUCACGAGUGUAUCAACAUAUUGGCAUUAUUGUGUUUACAUAUAAUCAAAAUUCACUUGGUCUCGUUUGGCCGAUCUUAGACCAGUUUUGAAUCUACACGUAAAUUCAAGCUAAACAUGCGCAUGGUCAUUUAAUGCAGUUCGACAUGUUCUUCGAUUGCGAUAGAUAAUUGGUUGGUGCCACCGAGCUGUCCGAUUGUCAUGACGUUAUUUUCCGGCUUGGCCGUAUCAAAUUUUUAGGGAACAAUCUAAGGUCUAAGGUCGGUGAAACGAGAGUACAUGUAUAUUGAUCACAACAAUGAGUUUCUUUUCUGUGAUGCAGACGUUUUCCGAAGCUCAUUGUAAAUAUGUAUAUAUAGAGUUAUAACAUUUUCAGUAGAGGACAUUAUUUUGUUACACCCGAUGUACUGAUGAAUGAAAUAUGCAGUGCACAUUGUGAGUUUGGUCUUACAUUUUUAAUUUUUUAGCAUGAAAAAGUUAUCAAUUAAAAAUGCAUUGACUUUUUGGCGUUAACUAUUAACAGUAUCCAUAUCGUAGUGUAUUCCAAAUGUUACCAACUAGAGGUACAUUUUUUUAUAGAUAUUUUGACGAAAUGGGUUUUUAAGCCCUUGAGGUCUUUUUGGACCAUCCGAUAUGUACAUACAUACGCUGCUCUAUCACUACCAUUGUACAUGUACUUGAUGUUGUAUUGGCUCACGUCCAUGUCCAUGUAAAAUGAUAAUAAGAAUUAAUAGAAUAAAUAAAAUGUGUUUAUGAUACUAAA